UUAUCAAACAGCCAACUUGUAACCAACAAGUGCAAGGGAGAGUUCCAACUUGCCGGUGGCGAUGGCAUCCACCACAAACGACGAGCCCCCUAGCUCGUCCACGGUGGCAAAUACUCCGGCAGGGGCCAUGGACGCCAAACUAACGGCGGCCACAGGCUGCGGCGAAUGCCGGCGGACGAAGGAUCUGUUGAAUGAGGAGGACACUGCCACAAGGGUGGUUGUGAUUGCGUCGAACAUGCAUCCCCUGCUUUUAGCAGCCGCAUGCAAAGGCAAUUGGGAAGAACUGAAUUUUCUUCUCAACAGAGAAGACGCACAAGGGCAGCCAACUGUGAUGCCUAGUCAAGAAUUUCUUGACCGGCUUGCAACAUACACCUCGGGUCAGCGGGCUACUGCUGACGUCGAAGAAGGCGCUAUGGUGUCAGUUCCACUUCCUUCUGCAGCGUCCCUUCUGGAGGGUGUCACCAUGGAGGGGGACACCGCGUUACAUGUGGUGGCCGCCCUCGGAGACGUCCUGAAAUUCUUGAAGUGUGCUGACCUCGUCUACGGCAAGGACAAGACCUUCCUGUCCAAGCCAAAUUACAAGGGUGACACACCCUUACAUUGUGCUGCCAGGGCUGGGAAAUCUCAAAUGGUCUCACAUCUUAUCGAUCUAGCUGGGCGUGAACAAGGCGGCCACAAGACAGUGGAAGACCUCCUGAGAAAGGAGAAUGCAAGCAAGGAAACUGCCUUGCACGAGGCUGUUCGCAUCGGAAAUAAUCGUCUCGUUGAACUGCUAUUGUCGGAUGAUUCAAAAUUGGCUACGUUUCCUAAAGAAGGCAUCUCGCCAUUGUACCUUGCCAUCCUGCUGGAGAAGGACGCCAUUGCACAAAUACUACAUGAUCAGAGUGAAGAUAAUAUUCUGUCGUAUUCUGGACCAAGUGGGCAAAAUGCGUUGCAUGCUGCGGUUCUUCGAAACACCGAAAUGAUACGAAAUCUAUUGGAAUGGAACAAGGGCCUUACCACACAAGCUGACAUUAACGGAAGCACGCCUCUUCACUUUAUAUCGUCUCAGUCACCACGACGAAACGCCGUCUGGGUUGAAAUGCCAGAUCUUACAGAAAAGCUGCUGGGAUGGAACAAGGAUCUUGCUAAAGACAGGGACGAAAACGGAAGCACGCCUCUUCAUUUUGCCGCUCUUCAUUCUGCAGCUCUUCAUUUUGCCAAUGCUCUGCCAGGGCAGUGGUGGCAAAGAAGAUUAGUAUGUCUGCAAGUAUUGGAAGCUAACCCGGAUGCACUAUAUCAAUCAGAUAGCAAUGGAUUAUUCCCCAUACACGUCGCUGCAUCUGUUGGUGCAAGCUCGAACGUCGCCAUGUUUGUUAAGAGGUGUCCUAGUAUCGCCGCUUUGCGUGAUGCUAAGGGGAGGACUUUCCUUCACGUUGCUGUGGAGAAAAAGAAAAAGGCGGUGGUCAGUUAUGCUUGCAGAAAUCGAUCGCUGGAAUGGAUUUUGAAUAUAAAAGACAACGAUGGCAACACUGCACUGCACCUAGCUGUCCAGGCUGGGAGUCUUGGCAUGUUUUGUGCUCUAUUUGGGAAUCGGCAAGUAGACUUGAAUUUAACAAAUGCAAAAGGGCAAACUCCUCUAGAUAUUGCAGAGUAUAAGAUUCCCCCAGGGUUGUUUUAUAAUCUGAACUCCGAAAGCCGGAUACGCAUUGCACUCAGUAUGGCCGGCGCUAAGAAUGGUGUUUCUCGCCAGGACCACUUUAUUGAAAAAUAUGAAGAUAUUCAUAGAGUAAAAUCUGAUUAUGAUAUCAAAGAAUUGGAUUACUUGAAAGAUUCAACACAAACUCUGUCUAUUGGCUCUGUUUUAAUUGCAACUAUGACAUUCGGUGCAACGUUUGCCCUGCCUGGUGGAUACAUACAAGAUGAUCACCCAAAUGGAGGUACACCAACGCUUGCUGGGAGCUAUGCUUUUGAUGCAUUCAUGUUGGCCAACACAUUAGCUUUCAUUUGUUCCUUGUUAGCUACUGUUGGUCUCAUGUUUUCUGGAAUUCCUAUGGUUCACUUGACCCAAAUCUACGGGGUCCGGUAUACUCGGAGAUCACGGAAGCCUAUACUGGGAAGUUGGCGUGCCAGGCCAGGAUCGAUCAUGUCUCAAGUGCGCGUUCGUGCUGGAUUCUCCGACGCCGGCGUCUAUGACCACUUCGAGUCAACGGCAGUCAUCUUCGCGUCGCCUCCUGGUGGUUCGGAGAUCACCUUCGGAACAAUGGCAUACCGCUGGGAUGAUCAAGGUGAAUUGAUCCACACCGGUAUCGUCGAGUCAUCUCCAAGAAGGGGAGUGAGGGAUGCCUUUCUUCAAGCUACUAAAGAGACAGGACCAAUUCGAGUGGAUAGAAGAGGCGGAGAAGACUUUUCAGGACUUAAAAAUGUAUUUAUUGUCUCCGUUGAUUCUAACCCCGCCUAA